GUGGGAAUAAAUGCAACGGUUUGCACGUGUAGAAGUGAUGAACGGAACAUUUAACGCUGCUCCAGCUGCCCCUGGUCAUAAUGUUAUGCCUGAUCGGUGCAUGUUUAGGUUUCGUUUUCAGGGAAGAGCAGAAAAACGAAAGUAAAGCGGCUGAUGCUGAUGGGACGGAACAACAACUCAGCUGAUCCGACUCCAACAGGACAACCACUGCUUUCCGGAACCCCUAACCGAACUUAGAGCCGAAUAAUUCAAGUCUGAUCUGAUGUCUGCUUUGUUUUCCGGGCUUUACUCGACGGUGCUGCUUCAUCUGGGUCACAGACAGCUCGUAAUGAGAGGCCUCAGGAACUACUGUCUGUCCUGCUGUGUGAACACAUUGCUGCAGACCCUCAGUGCUACAUGGGAACUAGCAGAGAUAUUAGAAAAGUGGGAAGCCACAGGUUUGGGAGCAGAUGUUCAUAAUGUUCCCCUCCAGUUAAAGAUAGUUCUCAAGGCCAUGCAGAAAGAUCUUCCUCAGCCUGCUCCACAUAAAGACUUUCUGCACUGCUUGGACAGAAACUCCAUUCGAUUGCAAACGCAACACGACGCAGAUGAGGUUUUCCUCUUCAUUUUGGAUUUACUGCAGCUGCAGAUGAAUGAUCGCACUCUGGCUCUUGAAAUCCAGGGUCUUUACAAGAUUUCACUGGAGACGCAACUGCAGUGUUUGGAGUGCAGCACCAUUCAGACUCAAAACAGUCAUCUACUCAGCCUGCCUUUACACAUAAGGGAAGAGCAGAACACUCUGGAAGAUUGCAUGAACUCCUUCUUCGAGCAACAGGAGCUCGGGGGAAUUAACCGCUGUCUUUGUGCACAAUGUGGAACCAAAACACGAUCCAAACAGGGUGUCAAGGUCCGCUCUCUGCCUCCCAUCUUGUGCCUACAACUGAAACGAUUCAGAAACAUGCGUGGAUACACCAUGAAACUCAACUGUCGUGUCACUUUCCCUGAAACCUUCAACUUCUCUGAGAUUAAGAAAGACGCUUUCUCUGCAGGCUUUACUCAGAAUGACUGCAGGUACACUUUGUAUGCUGUGGUCGUGCACUCUGGCUCUGCGGUUUGUGGACACUACACUGCUUAUGUCCGCCACAGAGUGAGCAAGCACUGGUACUAUGCAGAUGACAGCCAUGUGUCCCUGUCCUCUUGGGAAGAAGUGCAGAAAACAUAUGAAGGACGUUCCAGUGCGACAGCAUAUAUGCUAAUGUACAGAAGAUAUCGAAAAGAAGAUGGCCAACAACAGGAUCUUUCUGGCUGAAGCGAUUAAAGAUGAAAGAAAGAUAAUGCUACAUAGGAAAUGAGGAAUUAUUAUUUACAAAUCAGUUGUAGUAUUUAUGUUAUCUCUGGUUAAAGGAUAUAUAUAUAUAUAUGUUAUAUAAUUCACCACUUUAUAAAGCCUUCCAGCAUUGUAGUUUUUACAUGUUAUGCAGCAAUUUGUGACAAAGGCCAGAAGGUGGCGCUCCAGCCUUAAAGUAUGCACUGUAAUCAAACUGUAUGCAGGAGUCUGCCACCUGAGGCUCCGGAGCCACAAGUGAUUCUUUGGACUUUAAUAUCUUUGGCUAAGGAAAAUUAUAAAGAACCAAUUAAUGUUUUUAAAUAUAGAUAUAAUAACAAAUGCAGGUUUUAGGAGUAUUUUCGUGGAGUAUUUGCUUUGAAUUACCACAGCAGAAUGACACUAAAAGUAGCAAUAAUACAUUUUUUGAUCUAUUUCUCUUGUCAUUAGGGUGGAAACUGUCCUUUUUGUUAUGUUCGGCCUCAAAUAUCGACAUCCCAUAAAAUAAAAUGUGUCUGUUA